CGCUCUCGCCGGCUCCCUUCCGCUUCCGGUGUCCUACAGCCAUGGCCGCCGCCGUCGCUGCAGCCGGCGCAGGGGAGCCACUGUCUCCCGACGAAUUGUUCCCGAAAGCCGAGGCGGAGAAGGCCGAGGAGGAGUUGGAAGAGGACGAUGACGACGAGCUAGAUGAGACCCUGUCGGAGAGACUCUGGGGCCUGACGGAGAUGUUUCCGGAGAGGGUCCGGUCCGCCGCCGGAGCCACCUUUGAUCUCUCGCUCUUCGUGGCCCAGAAGAUGUACAGAUUUUCCAGGGCAGCUCUGUGGAUAGGGACCACUUCCUUCAUGAUCCUGGUUCUUCCUGUUGUCUUUGAGACAGAAAAGUUGCAAAUGGAGCAACAGCAGCAACUGCAGCAGCGGCAGAUACUUUUAGGGCCUAACACAGGGCUGUCAGGAGGAAUGCCAGGGGCUCUACCUCCACUUCCUGGAAAGAUCUAGAUUGUUACUUCUGUGUUUGUCCUGGUGGGAGAACUUUGAAAUUCAGUUGUGUUGAAACUGCUGAUUGUUUGAUUUUUUUUUUUUUUUUGGUGGGGGACUGGGGACACAUCGAUCUAAUUAACGGAACUUUCUCCGUUUCUCAUGGAGAGACCCUAGCUGCACCUGUGCCCUUCAUAAUGCCCUCACUUGUUUCAUGUUCUCACUUUGAUGCUGGAAUACAGCCACGUGGAAAGUUUUCCACUCUAUUCCUUCAGUGAAUUGCUAAGGAAAUUCUCAUGCCCAUUAUGGGAGAGAAGCAAGCCCCCUCACCAUUAAGGGCUUUUUUUUCUUUUUUUUUAAUGGAAAUAUCUAGGACAUGUAAACAAUAUGGAACUGACAAACUCCAUUACAGCUGUAGCAGACAACCGUCACCAGGAACCCCCAUGUACGCUGGAGAGAAGGGAGGCUGGCUCUAGCUUUAGCCACACGAGGACUGUGGACAGAGCAGGCGCUUAUUUCCUCUGCACAUUCUGGCUCUUAGAUCUGUGUGUGUAUAAAAAAAGACAACAGUACUCACUUUUUGUACUUAAAUAUUAAAAGAACUCCAACUAAAA